AAACAAAAAAAAGAGAAACCACUGAGCUGUCACUUCACAUAAAUAGUGAGUCAUGUAUGUCAACAAUAUAUAAUAACUACCAACUAUCAAACCAAAGAUCAUUACUUCUAAACACUAAAACAUAGUAUCAAAAACAGAGUUACUUACUCUGUUUUCAUUUUGUGAACAACUUCUUUCUCUUGAGUUACUCAUCUAGCAACAUCAUGAAGAGCUUUUCAAAGAACAAAUUCUUUCAUUGCUUUCGACCGAUUGUUGAUAUAGAUGCCAUGCUUGAAUCCAAAGUUGCUGCUCAAUGCUCAGAGAGCUGGUUCAUGCAGCACCCUAAGAAACGAACCGUUUCAAAGUUGAUCAAAGCUGUGAUAUUAGAAACCAUAUUGAAUAAAAGAGCUCGACAUCAAAAUCGUUACAGCCUUGAUUGUUUCGGUGGAUCAAAGAAAAAUUGUUCCACACAUAAAAAAGAAUCUAAAGCCUCUCAAUCAUCUUUGUCAACAUUAUCAACACAAAGUUCCUCGUUUUCAAGCCCAAAAGUAUCACAAUUGAAGAACAUGUCAACCAAAGGAAAACAGGAGAAAGAAAGCAGCAGUGGAAGAACACUACUACUAGAGAAGCAAAAGAAGUUUGAAUUCUAUGCAACAUGUUUGGUUCUAAUAAGUUUAGUAUUUACUGUGUUUUGGGGGAAAAUAUUUGGAAUAAUUUUGACAUCAAUGUGCCUCUACUUUUUUUCUCUUUGUUGGAACUCAAACUAUAGCUGCCAGAAGAAGCUGCUAAAUUGUCCAAGAUACAGUAAAGGGUCAUUAUGGAAUGUGUGCUCCCUGAGACAAGGCUUUAUUAGGCACAGAUGGCAGUGAAGGAGACAAAACAGAUUCAUAUUUAGGUCCUUUAGCUUUUCUUUUGAACUGCUUUCUGACAUUAGAUUAAUCUAACUAGGAUUGUAGAAAAAGUUGUUGACAGAAGGUUAAUGAAAAUUUACUUCAUCAAA